AUGGAGAGGAAAUUUGGUGAUGACGUGAUCUUUAAACCCGCUGAUGUUCGUGAAUUUGUGGGACCUUGUUUAAAACUGAUGGUUGCAAUGGGCUUUUUACUUCUCAUUUCGAUAUGCCAUUGCUUAUCUGGAAAGCAGGAUGAGGAAAAUGAAAUGGGGUCGAGUACCAAAAUAUCGAGAAAAGACGAUGUCACAAUAAAUAUCGAUAACGCACCUGUACCGGAAACAAAUCCAGGUAUGGAGUCAGAUGGUAAGAAAUGUCCAGAAAAACGGAAUUUUGCUUGUAAUUUUUGUGGAAGGGAGUUUACAAAAUGUAGCAGUUUGGUAAUUCAUGAGAAGACCCAUACUGACGAGAGGCCAUUUUCUUGCGACAUCUGUGGGAACACUUACAGCGAAGAAGAAGAUCUAAGAAAUCACAGACCAAUUCACGGUACGGAGAAACCGUUCAAGUGCUCGCAAUGCGGAAAAGGUUUUUCCCAAUCUCGAACAUUAGAGGUACACGGGAUUCUCCAUGUUGACGAUGCACCGUUCAAAUGUACCCACUGCGCACGCGCGUUCCAUGAUGUAAGCAAUUUGAGUCUCCAUCUCCUGAUCCACUGUGACACAAGACCGUAUGACGAAUCUACUGAGAAAUUGAUUCCAGGUGAAGAGGAACUAUUAUCCUAUGUAGAACUGGAGGCAGGCGUUAACCACUCGGACACGGAAGUUAAGAAAUAUUGA